AUGGACAUGGACGUAGACGUGGACGUGGACGUGGAUGUGGACGUGGACGUGGACGUGGACGUGGACGUGGACAUGGACGUGGACGUGGACAUGGACGUGGACGUGGACGUGGACGUGGACAUGGAAAUGGACGUGGACGUGGACAUGGAAAUGGACGUGGACGUGGACGUGGACAUGGACGUGGACGUGGAAGUGGACGUAGACGUGGAUGUGGACGUGGACGUGAACAUAGACGUGGACGUGGACAUGGACGUGGACGUAGACGUGGACAUGGACGUGGACGUGGACCUGGACGUGGACGUGGACGUGGACGUGGACGUGCACGUGGACGUGGACGUGGACAUGGACGUGCACGUGGACGUGGACAUGGACGUGGACAUGGACAUGGACAUGGACGUGGACAUGGACGUGGACGUGGACGUGGACGUGGACGUGGACGUGGACAUGGACAUGGACAUCGAUGUGGACGUGGACAUGGACGUGGACGUGGACAUGGACGUGGACGUGGACAUGGAGGUGGACGUGGACGUGGACGUGGACGUGGACAUGGACGUGGACGUGGACGUGAACGUGAACAUGGACGUGGACAUGGACGUGGACAUGGACGUGGACAUGGACGUGGACAUGGACGUGGACGUGGACGUGGACGUGGACGUGGACAUGGACGUGGACGUGGACGUGGACGAGAACAUGGUCGUGGACGUGGACGUGGACGUGGCCAUGGACGUGGCCAUGGACGUGGACGUGGCCAUGGAUGUGGACAUGGACGUGGACAUGGACGUGGACGUGGACAUGGACGUAGACGUGGAUAUGGACGUGGACAUGGACGUGGACAUGGACGUGGACGUGGACAUGGACAUGGACAUGGACGUGGACGUGGACGUGGACGUGGACAUGGACGUGGACGUGGACUCGGUACCCUACUACCGCCUUAUCCCCGCCCCAUUCUCCCUCUUUCCAUCACCCCGCCCCAUUCUCCCGCUUUCCAUCACCCCGCCCCAUUUUCUCUCUUUCCAUCACCCCGCCCCAUUCUCCCGCUUUCCAUCACCCCGCCCCAUUCUCCCUCUUUCUAUCACCCCUCCCCAUUCUCCCGCUUUCCAUCACCCCGCCCAAUUCUCCCUCUUUCUAUCACCCCUCCCCAUCCUCCCCUUUUCCAUCCCCCCGCCCCAUUCUCCCGCUUUCCAUCACCCCGCCCCAUUCUCCCUCUUUCCAUCACCCCGCCCCAUUCUCCCGCUUUCCAUUACUCCGCCCCAUUCUCCCACUUUCCAUCACCUUGCCCCAUUCUCCCGCUUUCCAUCACCCCGCCCAAUUUUCCCUCUUUCCAUCACCCCGCCCCAUUCUCCCGCUUUCCAUCACCCCGCCCCAUUCUCCCUCUUUCUAUCACCCCUCCCCAUUCUUACGCUUUCCAUCACCCCGCCCAAUUCUCCCUCUUUCUAUCACCCCUCCCCAUUCUCCCUCUUUCUAUCACCCCGCCCCAUUCUCCCGCUUUCCAUCACCCCGCCCCAUAUUCCCUCUUUCCAUCACCCCGCCCCAUUCUCCCUCUUUGCAUCACCCCGCCACAUUCUCCCGCUUUCCAUCACCCCUCCCCAUUCUCUGUCUUUCCAUCACCCCGCCCCAUUCUCCCACUUUCCGUCACCCCGCCCCAUUCUCCCGCUUUCCAUCAUCCCGCCCCAUUCUCCCUCUUUCCAUCACCCCAACCCCAUUCUCCCGCUUUCCAUCACCCCGCCCCAUUCUCCCUCUUUCCAUCACCCCGCCCCAUUCUCCCGCUUUCCAUCACCCCGCCCCAUUCUCCCUCUUUCCAUCACCGCGCCUCAUUUUCCCUCUUUCCAUCACCCCGCCCCAUUCUCCCACUUUCCAUCACCCCGCCCCAUUCUCCCUCUUUCUAUCACCCCUCCCCCUUCUCCCGCUUUCCAUCACCCCGCCCAAUUCUCCCUCUUUCUAUCACCCCUCCCCAUUCUCCCUCUUUCUAUCACCCCGCCCCAUUCUCCCGCGUUCCAUCACCCCGCCCCAUUUUCCCUCUUUCCAUCACCCCGCCCCAUUCUCCCUCUUUCCAUCACCCUGCCACAUUCUCCCGCUUUCCAUCACCCCUCCCCAUUUUCCCUCUUUCCAUCACCCCGCCCCAUUCUCCCGCUUUCCAUCACCCCGCCCCAUUCUCCCUCUUUCUAUCACCCCUCCCCCUUCUCCCGCUUUCCAUCACCCCGCCCAAUUCCCCUCUUUCUAUCACCCCUCCCCAUUCUCCCUCUUUCUAUCACCCCACCCCAUUCUCCCGCUUUCCAUCACCCCGCCCCAUUUUCCCUCUUUCCAUCACCCCGCCCCAUUCUCCCUCUUUCCCAACACCCCGCCACAUUCUCCCGCUUUCCAUCACCCCUCCCCAUUUUCCCUCUUUCCAUCACCCCGCCCCAUUCUCCCGCUUUCCAUCACCCCGCCCUAUUCUCCCUCUUUCUAUCACCCCUCCCCCUUCUCCCGCUUUCCAUCACCCCGCCCAAUUCUCCCUCUUUCUAUCACCCCUCCCCAUUCUCCCUUUUUCUAUCACCCCGCCCAAUUCUCCCGCUUUCCAUCACCCCGCCCCAUUUUCCCUCUUUCCAUCACCCCGCCCCAUUCUCCCUCUUUCCAUCACCCCGCCACAUUCUCCCGCUUUCCAUCACCCCUCCCCAUUCUCCCUCUUUCCGUCACCCCGCCACAUUCUCCCACUUUCCAUCACCCCUCCCCAUUCUCCCUCUUUCCAUCACCCCGCCCCAUUCUCCCUCUUUCCAUCACCCCUCCCCAUUCUACCUCUUUCCAUCACCCCGCCCCCCAUUCUCCCUCUUUCCAUCACCCCGCCCCAUUCUCCCGCUUUCCAUCACCCCGCCCCAUUCUCCCUCUUUCCAUCACCCCGCCUCAUUAUCCCUCUUUCCAUCACCCCGCCCCAUUCUCCCGCUUUCCAUCACCCCGCCCCAUUCUCCCUCUUUCUAUCACCCCUCCCCCUUCUCCCGCUUUCCAUCACCCCGCCCAAUUCUCCCUCUUUCUAUCACCCCUCCCCAUUCUCCCUCUUUCUAUCACCCCGCCCCAUUCUCCCGCUUUCCAUCACCCCGCCCCAUUUUCCCUCUUUCCAUCACCCCGCCCCAUUCUCCCUCUUUCUAUCACCCCUCCCCCUUCUCCCGCUUUCCAUCACCCCGCCCAAUUCCCCUCUUUCUAUCACCCCUCCCCAUUCUCCCUCUUUCUAUCACCCCGCCCCAUUCUCCCGCUUUCCAUCACCCCGCCCGAUUUUCCCUCCUUCCAUCACCCCGCCCCAUUCUCCCUCUUUCCAUCACCCCGCCACAUUCUCCCGCUUUCCAUCACCCCUCCCCAUUUUCCCUCUUUGCAUCACCCCGACCCAUUCUCCCGCUUUCCAUCACCCCGCCCCAUUCUCCCUCUUUCUAUCACCCCUCCCCCUUCUCCCGCUUUCCAUCACCCCGCCCAAUUCUCCCUCUUUCUAUCACCCCUCCCCAUUCUUCCUCUUUCUAUCACCCCGCCCCAUUCUCCCGCUUUCCAUCACCCCGCCCCAUUUUCCCUCUUUCCAUCACCCCGCCCCAUUCUCCCUCUUUCCAUCACCCCGCCACAUUCUCCCGCUUUCCAUCACCCCUCCCCAUUCUCCCUCUUUCCAUCACCCCGCCCCAUUCUCCCACUUUCCAUCACCCCGCCCCAUUCUCCCGCUUUCCAUCACCCCGCUCCAUUCUCCCUCUUUCCAUCACCCCGCCCCAUUCUCCCGCUUUCCAUCACCCCGCCCCAUUCUCCCGCUUUUUCAUCACCUCGCCCCGUUCUCCCUCCUUCCAUAACCCCGCCCUAUUCUCCCUCUUUCCAUCACCCCGCCCCAUUCUCCCUCCUUCCAUCACCCCGCCCCAUUCUUCCGCUUUCCAUCACCCCGCCCCAUCCUCCUUUUUUCCAUCAGCCCGCCCCAUUCUCCCACUUUCCAUCACCCCGCCCCAUUCUCCCGCUUUCCAUUACCCCGCCCCAUUCUCCCGCUUUUUCAUCACCCCGCCCCAUUCUUUCUCCUUCCAAAACCCCGCCCUAUUCUCCCUCUUUCCAUCACCCCGCCCCAUUCUCCCUCCUUCCAUCACCCCACCCCAUUCUCCCGCUUUCCAUCAACCCGCCCCAUUCUCCCGCUUUCCAUUACCCCGCCCCAUUCUCCCGCUUUUUCAUCACCCCGCCCCAUUCUUUCUCCUUCCAAAACCCCGCCCUAUUCUCCCUCUUUCCAUCACCCCGCCCCAUUCUCCCUCCUUCCAUCACCCCACCCCAUUCUCCCGCUUUCCUUCACUUUGCCCCAUUCUCCCGCUUUCCAUUACCCCACCCCAUUCUCCCGCUUUUCAUCACCCCACCCCAUUCUCCCUCUUUCCAUCACCCCGCCCCAUUCUCCCGCUUUCCAUUACCCCGCCCCAUUCUCCCGCUUUUUCAUCACCCCGCCCCAUUCUUUCUCCUUCCAAAACCCCGCCCUAUUCUCCCUCUUUCCAUCACCCCGCCCCAUUCUCCCUCCUUCCAUCACCCCACCCCAUUCUCCCGCUUUCCUUCACCCCGCCCCAUUCUCCCGCUUUCCAUCACCCCGCCCUAUUCUCCCUCUUUCCAUCAACCUGCCCCAUUCUCCCGCUUUCCCUCACCCAGCCCCAUUCUUCUGCUUUCCCUCACCCCGCCCAAUUCUCCCGCUUUCCAUCACCCCGCCCCAUUCUCCCUCUUUCCAUCACCCCGCCUAAUUCUCCCUCUUUCCAUCACCCCUCCCCAUUCUCCCUCUUUCCAUCACCCCGCCACAUUCUCCCGCUUUCCAUCACCGCGCCUCAUUAUCGCUCUUUCCAUCACCCCGCCCUAUUCUCCCGCUUUCCAUCACACCGCCCCAUUCUCCCUCUAUCCAUCACCCCGCCUUAUUCUCCCCCUUUGCAUCACCCCACCCCAAUCUCCCGCUUUCCAUCACCCCGCCCCAUUCUCCCGCUUUCCAUCACCCCGCCCUAUUCUCCCUCUUUCCAUCACCCCGCCCCAUUCUCCCGCUUUCCAUCACCCCGCCCCAUUUUCCUGCUUUCCAUCACCCCACCCCAUUCUCCCGCUUUCCAUCACCCUGCCCCAUUCUCCCGCUUUCCAUCACCCCGACCCAUUCUCCCUCUUUUCAUCACCCCGCCCCAUUCUCCCUCUUUCCAUCACCCCGCCCAAUUCUCCCUCUUUCCACACCCCGCCCCAUUCUCCCGCUUUCCAACAACCCGCCCCAUUCUCCUGCUCCAUCACCCCACCCCAUUCUCCCGCUUCCCAUCACCCCGCCCCAUUCUCCCGCUUUCCAUCAACCCGCCCCAUUCUCCCGCUUUCCAUCACCCCGCCCCAUUCUUCCGCUUUCCAUCAUCCCGCCCCAUUAAACAUCUUUCCAUCACCCUGCCCCAUUCUCCCUCUUUCCAUCACCGUGCCCCAUUCUUCUACUUUUCAUCACCCCGCCCCAUUCUCCCUCUUUCCAUCACCCCGCCCCAUUCUUCCGCUUUUCAUCACCCCGCCCCAUUCUCCCUCUUUCCAUCACCCUGCCCUAUUCCCACUCUUUCCAUCAGCCCGCCCCAUUCUCCCGCUUUCCACCACCCUGCCCCAUUCUCCCGCUUUCCAUCACCCUGCCCCAUUCUCCCACUUUCCAUCACCCCGCCCCAUUCUCCCGCUUUCCAUCACCCCGCCAUAUUCUUCCUCUUUCCAUCACCCCGCCCCAUGCUCCCGCUUUCCAUCACGCCGCCCAAUCCUCCUGCUUUCCAUCACCCCGCCCCAUUCUCCCGCUUUCCAUCACCCCGCCCCAUUCUCCCGCUUUCCAUCACCCCGCCCCAUUCUCCCGCUUUCCAUCACCGUGCCCCAUUCUCCCUCUUUCCAUCACCCCGCCCCAUUCUCCCUCUUUCCAUCACCCCACCCUAUUCUCCCUCUUUCCAUCACCCCGCCCCACUCUCCCGCUUUCCAUCACCCCACCCCUUUCUCCCGCGUUCCAUCACCCCGCCCCAUUCUCCCGCUUUCCGUCACCCCGCCCCAUUCUCCCGCUUCCAAUCACCCCACCCCAUUCUCCCGCUUUCCACCACCCUGCCCCAUUCUCCCGCUUUCCAUCACCCUGCCCCAUUCUCCCGCUUUCCAUCACCCCGCCCCAUUCUCCCGCUUUCCAUCACCCCGCCCCAUUCUCAAGCUUUCCAUCACCCUGCCCCAUUCCUCGCUUUCCAUCACCCCGCCCCAUUCUCCCGCUUUCCAUCACCCCGCCCCAUUCUCCUGCUUUCCAUCACCCCGCCCCAUUCUCCCGCUUUCCAUCACCCCGCCCCAUUCUCCCGCUUUCCAUCACCCCGGCUCAUUCUCCCGCUUUCCAUCACCCCGCCCCAUUCUCCCGCUUUCCAUCACCCCACCCCAUUCUCCCGCUUUCCAUCACCCCACCCCAUUCUCCCGCUUUCCAUCACCCUGCCCCAUUCUCCCGCUUUCCAUCACCCCGACCCAUUCUCCCUCUUUUCAUCACCCCGCCCCAUUCUCCCUCUUUCCAUCACCCGGCCCAAUUCUCCCUCUUUCCACACCCCGCCCCAUUCUCCCGCUUUCCAACACCCCGCCCCAUUCUCCCGCUCCAUCACCCCGCCCCAUUCUCCCGCUUCCCAUCACCCCGCCCCAUUCUCCCGCUUUCCAUCACCCCGCCCCAUUCUCCCGCUUUCCAUCACCCCGCCCCAUUCUUCCGCUUUCCAUCACCCCGCCCCAUUAAACAUCUUUCCAUCACCCCGCCCCAUUCUCCCUCUUUCCAUCACCGUGCCCCAUUCUUCUACUUUUCAUCACCCCGCCCCAUUCUCCCUCUUUCCAUCACCCCGCCCCAUUCUUCCGCUUUUCAUCACCCCGCCCCAUUCUCCCUCUUUCCAUCACCCUGCCCCAUUCCCCCUCUUUCCAUCAGCCCGCCCCAUUCUCCCGCUUUCCACCACCCUGCCCCAUUCUCCCGCUUUCCAUCACCCUGCCCCAUUCUCCCACUUUCCAUCACCCCGCCCCAUUCUCCCUCUUUCCAUCACCCCGCCAUAUUCUUCCUCUUUCCAUCACCCCGCCCCAUUCUCCCGCUUUCCAUCACGCCGCCCCAUCCUCCUGCUUUCCAUCAGCCCGCCCCAUUCUCCCGCUUUCCAUCACCCCGCCCCAUUCUCCCGCUUUCCAUCACCCCGCCCCAUUCUCCCGCUUUCCAUCACGUUGCCCCAUUCUCUCUCUUUCCAUCACCCCGCCCCAUUCUCCCUCUUUCCAUCACCCCACCCUAUUCUCCCUCUUUCCAUCACCCCGCCCCACUCUCCCGCUUUCCAUCACCCCACCCCUUUCUCCCGCGUUCCAUCACCCCGCCCCGUUCUCCCGCUUUCCGUCACCCCGCCCCAUUCUCCCGCUUCCAAUCACCCCGCCCCAUUCUCCCGCUUUCCACCACCCUGCCCCAUUCUCCCGCUUUCCAUCACCCUGCCCCAUUCUCCCGCUUUCCAUCACCCCGCCCCAUUCUCCCGCUUUCCAUCACCCCGCCCCAUUCUCAAGCUUUCCAUCACCCUGCCCCAUUCCUCGCUUUCCAUCACCCCGCCCCAUUCUCCCGCUUUCCAUCACCCCGCCCCCUUCUCAAGCUUUCCAUCACCCCGCCCCAUUCUCCUGCUUUCCAUCACCCCGCCCCAUUCUCCCGCUUUCCAUCACCCCGCCCCAUUCUCCUCCUUCCAUCACCCCGGCUCAUUCUCCCGCUUUCCAUCACCCCGCCCCAUUCUCCCGCUUUCCAUCACCCCGCCCCAUUCUCCCGCUUUCCGUCACCCCGCCCCAUUCUUCCGCUUCCAAUCACCCCGCCCAAUUCUCCCGCUUUCCAUCACCCUGCCCCAUUCCUCGCUUUCCAUCACCCCGCCCCAUUCUCCCGCUUUCCAUCACCCCGCCCCAUUCUCAAGCUUUCCAUCACCCCGCCCCAUUCUCUUGCUUUCCAUCACCCCGCCCCAUUCUCCCGCUUUCCAUCACCCCGCCCCAUUCUCCCGCUUUGCAUCACCCCGGCCCAUUCUCCCGCUUUCCAUCACCCUGCCCCAUUCUCCCGCUUUCCAUCACCCCGCCCCAUUCUCCCGCUUUCCAUCACCCCGCCCCAUUCUCCCGCUUUCCAUCACCCUGGCCCAUUCUCCCGCUUUCCAUCACCCUGCCCCAUUCUCCCGCUUUCCAUCACCCCGCCCCAUUCUCCCGCUUUCCAUCACCCCGCCCCAUUCUCCCGCUUUCCAUCACCCCGCCCCAUUCUCCUGCUUUCCAUCACCCUGCCCCAUUCUCCCUCUUUCCAUCACCCCGCCCCAUUCUCCCUCUUUCCAUCACCCCACCCUAUUCUCCCUCUUUCCAUCACCUCGCCCCACUCUCCCGCUUUCCAUCACCCCGCCUCAUUCUCCCGCUUUCCAUCACCCCGCCCCAUUCUCCCGCUUUCCAUCACCCCGCCCCAUUCUCCCGCUUUCCAUCACCCCGCCCCAUUCUCCCGCUUUCCAUCACCCUGCCCCAUUCUCCCUCUUUCCAUCACCCCGCCCCAUUCUCCCUCUUUCCAUCACCCCACCCUAUUCUCCCUCUUUCCAUCACCCCACCCCACUCUCCCGCUUUCCAUCACCCCACCCCUUCCUCCCGCGUUCCAUCACCCCGCCCCAUUCUCCCGCUUUCCGUCACCCCGCCCCAUUCUCCCGCUUCCAAUCACCCCGCCCCAUUCUCCCGCUUUCCACCACCCUGCCCCAUUCUCCCGCUUUCCAUCACCCUGCCCCAUUCUCCCGCUUUCCAUCACCCCGCCCCAUUCUCCCGCUUUCCAUCACCCCGCCCCAUUCUCAAGCUUUCCAUCACCCUGCCCCAUUCCUCGCUUUCCAUCACCCCACCCCAUUCUCCCGCUUUCCAUCACCCCGCCCCAUUCUCAAGCUUUCCAUCACCCCGCCCCAUUCUCCUGCUUUCCAUCACCCCGCCCCAUUCUCCCUCUUUCCAUCACCCUGCCCUAUUCACCCUCUUUCCAUCAGCCCGCCCAAUUCUCCCGCUUUCCACCACCCUACCCCAUUCUCCCGCUUUCCAUCACCCUGCCCCAUUCUCCCACUUUCCAUCACCCCGCCCCAUUCUCCCGCUUUCCAUCACCCCGCCAUAUUCUUCCUCUUUCCAUCACCCCGCCCCAUUCUCCCGCUUUCCAUCACGCCGCCCCAUCCUCCUGCUUUCCAUCACCCCGCCCCAUUCUCCCGCUUUCCAUCACCCCGCCCCAUUCUCCCGCUUUCCAUCACCCCGCCCCAUUCUCCCGCUUUCCAUCACCGUGCCCCAUUCUCCCUCUUUCCAUCACCCCGCCCCAUUCUCCCUCUUUCCAUCACCCCACCCUAUUCUCCCUCUUUCCAUCACCCCGCCCCACUCUCCCGCUUUCCAUCACCCCACCCCUUUCUCCCGCGUUCCAUCACCCCGCCCCAUUCUCCCGCUUUCCGUCACCCCGCCCCAUUCUCCCGCUUCCAAUCACCCCACCCCAUUCUCCCGCUUUCCACCACCCUGCCCCAUUCUCCCGCUUUCCAUCACCCUGCCCCAUUCUCCCGCUUUCCAUCACCCCGCCCCAUUCUCCCGCUUUCCAUCACCCCGCCCCAUUCUCAAGCUUUCCAUCACCCUGCCCCAUUCCUCGCUUUCCAUCACCCCGCCCCAUUCUCCCGCUUUCCAUCACCCCGCCCCAUUCUCCUGCUUUCCAUCACCCCGCCCCAUUCUCCCGCUUUCCAUCACCCCGCCCCAUUCUCCCGCUUUCCAUCACCCCGGCUCAUUCUCCCGCUUUCCAUCACCCCGCCCCAUUCUCCCGCUUUCCAUCACCCCACCCCAUUCUCCCGCUUUCCAUCACCCCACCCCAUUCUCCGGCUUUCCAUCACCCUGCCCCAUUCUCCCGCUUUCCAUCACCCCGACCCAUUCUCCCUCUUUUCAUCACCCCGCCCCAUUCUCCCUCUUUCCAUCACAUGGCCCAAUUCUCCCUCUUUCCACACCCCGCCCCAUUCUCCCGCUUUCCAACACCCCGCCCCAUUCUCCCGCUCCAUCACCCCGCCCCAUUCUCCCGCUUCCCAUCACCCCGCCCCAUUCUCCCGCUUUCCAUCACCCCGCCCCAUUCUCCCGCUUUCCAUCACCCCGCCCCAUUCUUCCGCUUUCCAUCACCCCGCCCCAUUAAACAUCUUUCCAUCACCCCGCCCCAUUCUCCCUCUUUCCAUCACCGUGCCCCAUUCUUCUACUUUUCAUCACCCCGCCCCAUUCUCCCUCUUUCCAUCACCCCGCCCCAUUCUUCCGCUUUUCAUCACCCCGCCCCAUUCUCCCUCUUUCCAUCACCCUGCCCCAUUCCCCCUCUUUCCAUCAGCCCGCCCCAUUCUCCCGCUUUCCACCACCCUGCCCCAUUCUCCCGCUUUCCAUCACCCUGCCCCAUUCUCCCACUUUCCAUCACCCCGCCCCAUUCUCCCGCUUUCCAUCACCCCGCCAUAUUCUUCCUCUUUCCAUCACCCCGCCCCAUUCUCCCGCUUUCCAUCACGCCGCCCCAUCCUCCUGCUUUCCAUCAGCCCGCCCCAUUCUCCCGCUUUCCAUCACCCCGCCCCAUUCUCCCGCUUUCCAUCACCCCGCCCCAUUCUCCCGCUUUCCAUCACGCUGCCCCAUUCUCCCUCUUUCCAUCACCCCGCCCCAUUCUCCCUCUUUCCAUCACCCCACCCUAUUCUCCCUCUUUCCAUCACCCCGCCCCACUCUCCCGCUUUCCAUCACCCCACCCCUUUCUCCCGCGUUCCAUCACCCCGCCCCGUUCUCCCGCUUUCCGUCACCCCGCCCCAUUCUCCCGCUUCCAAUCACCCCGCCCCAUUCUCCCGCUUUCCACCACCCUGCCCCAUUCUCCCGCUUUCCAUCACCCUGCCCCAUUCUCCCGCUUUCCAUCACCCCGCCCCAUUCUCCCGCUUUCCAUCACCCCGCCCCAUUCUCAAGCUUUCCAUCACCCUGCCCCAUUCCUCGCUUUCCAUCACCCCGCCCCAUUCUCCCGCUUUCCAUCACCCCGCCCCCUUCUCAAGCUUUCCAUCACCCCGCCCCAUUCUCCUGCUUUCCAUCACCCCGCCCCAUUCUCCCGCUUUCCAUCACCCCGCCCCAUUCUCCCGCUUUCCAUCACCCCGGCUCAUUCUCCCGCUUUCCAUCACCCCGCCCCAUUCUCCCGCUUUCCAUCACCCCGCCCCAUUCUCCCGCUUUCCGUCACCCCGCCCCAUUCUUCCGCUUCCAAUCACCCCGCCCAAUUCUCCCGCUUUCCAUCACCCUGCCCCAUUCCUCGCUUUCCAUCACCCCGCCCCAUUCUCCCGCUUUCCAUCACCCCGCCCCAUUCUCAAGCUUUCCAUCACCCCGCCCCAUUCUCCUGCUUUCCAUCACCCCGCCCCAUUCUCCCGCUUUCCAUCACCCCGCCCCAUUCUCCCGCUUUGCAUCACCCCGGCCCAUUCUCCCGCUUUCCAUCACCCUGCCCCAUUCUCCCGCUUUCCAUCACCCCGCCCCAUUCUCCCGCUUUCCAUCACCCCGCCCCAUUCUCCCGCUUUCCAUCACCCCGGCCCAUUCUCCCGCUUUCCAUCACCCUGCCCCAUUCUCCCGCUUUCCAUCACCCCGCCCCAUUCUCCCGCUUUCCAUCACCCCGCCCCAUUCUCCCGCUUUCCAUCACCCCGCCCCAUUCUCCUGCUUUCCAUCACCCUGCCCCAUUCUCCCUCUUUCCAUCACCCCGCCCCAUUCUCCCUCUUUCCAUCACCCCACCCUAUUCUCCCUCUUUCCAUCACCUCGCCCCACUCUCCCGCUUUCCAUCACCGCGCCCCAUUCUCCAGCUUUCCAUCACCCCGCCCCAUUCUCCCGCUUUCCAUCACCCCGCCCCAUUCUUCCGCUUUCCAUCACCCCGCCCCAUUCUCCCGCUUUCCAUCACCCUGCCCCAUUCUCCCUCUUUCCAUCACCCCGCCCCAUUCUCCCUCUUUCCAUCACCCCACCCUAUUCUCCCUCUUUCCAUCACCCCGCCCCACUCUCCCGCUUUCCAUCACCCCACCCCUUUCUCCCGCGUUCCAUCACCCCGCCCCAUUCUCCCGCUUUCCGUCACCCCGCCCCAUUCUCCCGCUUCCAAUCACCCCGCCCCUUUUUCCCGCUUUCCACCACCCUGCCCCAUUCUCCCGCUUUCCAUCACCCUGCCCCAUUCUCCCGCUUUCCAUCACCCCGCCCCAUUCUCCCGCUUUCCAUCACCCCGCCCCAUUCUCAAGCUUUCCAUCACCCUGCCCCAUUCCUCGCUUUCCAUCACUCCACCCCAUUCUCCCGCUUUCCAUCACCCCGCCCCAUUCUCCUGCUUUCCAUCACUCCGCCCCAUUCUCCUGCUUUCCAUCACCCCGCCCCAUUCUCCCGCUUUCCAUCACCCCGGCCCAUUCUCCCGCUUUCCAUCACCCCGCCCCAUUCUCCCGCUUUCCAUCACCCCGCCCCAUUCUCCCGCUUUCCGUCACCCCGCCCCAUUCUCCCGCUUCCAAUCACCCCGCCCCAUUCUCCCGCUUUCCAUCACCCUGCCCCAUUUCUCGCUUUCCAUCACCCCGCCCCAUUCUCCCGCUUUCCAUCACCCCGCCCCAUUCUCAAGCUUUCCAUCACCCCGCCCCAUUCUCCUGCUUUCCAUCACCUCGCCCCAUUCUCCCGCUUUCCAUCACCCCGCCCCAUUCUCCCCUUUCCAUCACCCCAGCCCAUUCUCCCGCUUUCCAUCACCCUGCCCCAUUCUCCCGCUUUCCAUCACCCCGUCCUAUUCUCCCGCUUUCCAUCACCCCGCCCCAUUCUCCCGCUUUCCAUCACCCCGCCCCAUUCUCAAGCUUUCCAUCACCCCGCCCCAUUCUCCUGCUUUCCAUCACCCCGCCCCGUUCUCCCGCUUUUCAUCACCCCGCCCCAUUCUCCCGCUUUUCAUCACCCCGCCCCAUUCUCCUGCUUUCCAUCACCCCGCCCUAUUCUUCCGCUUUCCAUCACCCCGCCCCAUUCUCCCGCUUUCCAUCACCCCGUCCCAUUCUCCCUCUUUUCAUCAUCCCGCCCCAUUCUCCCUCUUUCCACCACCCUGCCCCAUUCUCCCGCUUUCCAUCACCCCGGCCCAUUCUCCCUAUUUCUAUCACCCCGCUCCAUUCUCCCACUUUCCAUCACCCCGCCCCAUUCUCCCGCUUUCUGUCACCUCGCCCCAUUCUCCCGCUUUCCAUCACCCCGCCCCAUUCUCUCUCUUUCCAUCACCCCGCCCUAGUCUCCCUCUUUCCAUCACCCCGCCCCAUUCUCCCUCUUUCCAUCACCCCGCCCGAUUCUCCCUCUUUCCAUCACCCCGCCCCAUCCUCCCUAUUUCCAUCACCCCGCCCCAUUCUUCCGCUUUCCAUCACCCCGCCCCAUUCUCCAGCUUACCAUCACCCCGCCCCAUUCUCCCGCUUUCCAUCACCCCGCCCCAUUCUCCCGCUUUCCAUCACCCCGCCCCAUUCUCCCACUUUCCAUCACCCCGCCCCAUUCUCCCGCUUUCCAUCACCCCGCCCCAUUCACCUCGCCCCAUUCUCCCUCUUUCCAUCAACCCGCCCCAUUCUCCCGCUUUUCAUCACCCUGCCCCAUUCUCCCUCUUUCCAUCACCCCGCCCCAUUCUCCCUCUUUCCAUCAGCCCGCCCCAUUCUCCCGCUUUUCUUCACCCCUGUUAGAGACUAA